AUGACCGCAGAAGAAGAGGACACAUCCUACAUCGACUACGAAACCUUCCUCUCUCCCUCAUUCUCCCCCUCAGCUUUCGCCAACAGCCUCGUCCGAACGACGAACAACGACACCGACACUCCGCUUGACCUCUCGACUCCCUUAAGCCGUGUCCUUUUUGACUCCCAAGAAAUCAACACCCACAUAGACACACUGACCACGAAGAGCGCGCUCCCUCUUCUCUCCCACACACAAGAACAAACCGCUGCCAGCGCGCGAAUAGUCCAAGAAAUAGACUCGCAGGUUGCGAGCUUGAACGAGGGGUAUAAGCGACUGGAGAAGGAAGUGUUGGUCCGGUACGAGACAGCAAAAGAGGUACAAGCUGUUGCAAGUCGAUUAUGGGAGACGGUGAGGUUAGGGCGGUCAGUGGGAAGAUGUCUGCAAUUGGGACGGCAGCUUGAGAUACAGCUGGCUGAGGUUGCGGCGACGGGGAAUGUGGUGAAGACACAGGGGCAGAAGGAAGAUCACAGGGCAUUGGUGCGAUGCUCAAAUACAUUGCUAAGUUUACGAGAAUUAUUCUCGAAGAGAGGAGAGGGCGAAGAGGGGUAUGGUCUCGAUCGCGUGGAUGUCGUGCGGACGCUGCAGACUUCGGUUCUCGCCCCUGCUGAUAGGACAGUUCUCACAAAAUCUCAGCAGAUUGUUCGAGAGUUCUCGAUGAGUAGUUUGUCCACGGGGACAAAUACCACGACCUUCGCGCAAACGGCAGACACGAAAUCGAGGACGACUUCCGCCCUGCUGUCAUUGUAUUUGCUCUCGCCCAUGCCGGAUCCAACAAAGAAGAAGACCGAGAAAUGGGAGCCAGAGCUCUUAAUAAAUGCGCUCCAAGAUUACCUCCAAACAGCACUUACCUCCUCCCUCGCAUCGCUCUCUCGUGCUCUCGCCACGCUACCCACACUCGAUCGAACACUACUCGAAGUCUCCGCUCGAUGUCAGAAUAUACUCGCACUAGAGUCCCUCCUAUCAUCCACCGCGCCACCUCCGCAUCCUACCAUCCCUGAAUCGAUUAAGCCACCAGCCAAUUUCCUGCUCCCACUUCUUUCGAGCCUCGAAACUGGAUCACUUGCAUCAUACUUCUGGCGAACCCUGGCAGGGCAUCUCAGUACGAAGGUCAUGGAAAUCGUCAAUAAGGGAGGCGUUAGCGCAAGAACUUUGAGGAGUAAUAAGAACAGCGUGAGGGAUGCUAUCAAGGAGUGUGUAGUCAGAGGAAGUCAACCGCCUGCCGGAAUUGGAGGUGUCAAAUCAAAGGGAGACAACACUGAGAAGACCUGGGAGAGAGAGGUGGCGGUUAUGGUUGGAAGCGUGGUGGGUGCUUUAGGGAGGUGA